AUGGCUCUUGACCAGACGAACCCCAGAGGUGGUUUCUUGAUACCAUCACGCUCCUCUGCUUCGGCUGCCGCAAAGCAAGUCUUGGUUUUCCUCAUCCCAAGUUUCAUCCAGAACAUCGUCUACCCAUCCGCCAAACCAAAAUCUGGCAACUCCAACAGUCCGAGACCGACAGCAUGGCUAGAUGGCAUGCGCGGCAUUGCAGCUUUGCUGGUCUACUUCUAUCAUCUCUCAUAUUCGACGCAUGAUGUCUAUACCGGAUGGAGUCCAGGUCAUUAUCAAUUGCUACGUCUACCAUUCAUCAAGUCCCUGUACAACGGGCCGGCAAUGGUUUCUCUCUUUUUCGUUCUUUCUGGAUACGCAUUAUCGUACAAGCCUGUCAAGCAAAUGCGCAACGGAGAGUAUAAUGCAUUGUUCUCUGGUCUGUCUUCGUCUGUCUUUCGCAGAAUGGUCAGAUUGUAUCUGCCUUGCGUUGCUUCGACUUUGAUGAUUGUGGUUCUCAUACGCCUGGGUUUCUAUCAGAGCACGAUGGAGCUCGCGAACGAUGCAGAUCGCUUGUUUGGCACUCGUGAGCAUCAUGCCUGGCGCUACGAUACCACGACCGAACAAGUCUGGGUCUGGAUGAGAAGCUUUUGGGGCUUCGUGAACCCAUUCACCGAGGUUGGGCUCGGGAAGGGCAUCUAUAUGGACGGCCAUCUUUGGACAAUUCCCGUCGAAUAUAGAGCAUCCAUCAUCUUAUAUGCGACCCAGCUUGGGCUUUCCCGCUUGCGACCGAUUCUCCGCAUCAUGAGUCUGGUUUGCUUGAUGAUCUGGACACACCGUGUAGAUAACUGGACCAUGACCCUGUUCUACGGCGGCUUCCUCAUGGCCGAACUGGACAUUCGACGGAUCACCACGCCCAAGGUACCUCAAGAGACCGGCGCGACUACCACGAUAAAGUUGCUUUGGUCUGCUACGUACAUCACAGUGUUCCUGUGCGGUGUUUUCUUGGCAAGCCAACCUGAAAGAAACGUAGAAAACACGGCUGUCUGGUCCACGGUCAUGACGCUGGUACCCGAGUUCAUCAUCGACAGAUGGAGAUACUGGACUUCAUGGGCUGCCAUGAUGAUUGUGUGGUCGACUUCAAACCAUCGCAUGCUUCAACGACUCUUCGACAACAGCGUGUCGCAGUAUUUCGGUAAAAUCUCAUUCUCUUUGUAUUUGAUACACGGGUCUAUAAUCCACACGCUAGGCUACAGCUUGCUGGAGACAUCUUGGAGGAUCAUUGGCGAAGAUAGAAAGGAGACAUGUUUUGUCCUUGUGGCAGCUUGUGUCACUGUGGUAUCUAUUUGGUGGGCUGAUGUGUUUAUGCGAUUGGUAGAUAUACCUUCGGUCACGUUUGCAAGAUGGCUUGAAGCAAAGUGUGCAGCAAGGAAGCCGAUCGAGGAUAAGGAGGAACCCGCAUGGCGAGGUGCCGGUGCACUUGUAUAG